UGCGUGUAACUGAGGGAUUCACGGAUGGUAACGAGGGUGACGGUCACUCGCGAUGACCCUAUGGGAAUAUCGUGCAGUGAUAUGGCUAGGGAUGGGAAAUCGGGGGACCGUUCAUGUUGGGGAGAUGUGACUGGGGUCGAAGGGGGGAUGGAAGGUGCUGGAUGCGCUUAUCGAAGGCGAUUAUCGGAAGGCCGUGCGGAGUAACCUUGUUACAUACAUACCUUGUUGCUGGGCGCUCUCACGCCGUGGCUGCGAAUGGGCCAUCGAGACCCCGGGCAAGACUUCAUCCCAUCGAUGGUCAUGGUCUUGUGCUCCAUGGAUCGCCAUCUACUACACAGAAGGUAUGACUACGAUGUCGGGACGGGACCUAUUUUCGGAAACCGUAUGGCCUGAUGUGGUGGCCUGAUUGAUGCCUGCAGAUUUUUCACCGCCCAAUUUAUUCGAAAAA